UUUGUUCUUUCUGUCCCCUUAUUUCCCUUUUUUAUGUUAUCUUCUGCCAUGAACUAUCAAACCUGAAACAGUCCCGAGAGGAAGGAAGAGAGCUACAAGAAGACAAAGAGAAAACCAUUUACAGUCUAUAUUUAUUGGGUUUUGAUUUCAGCUCUUGGAAAUCGGAAUUGUUUUGGGUUUCUGCUUAAGUUGAUUAUUCUUUGUUUUUUUUCUUUUCUUCUGUUGUUGGUUAAAGAUUGGAGCAGGAGAUGGGCAACUGCUUAGAUUCUUCUGCGAGAGUUGAUGCUGCUAAUAGCCCCAAUACAAAUAAUGGGAUCUCAAAAACUACUAGCAAAACUGGCACUUAUUCAGCUCGUUCCAGCCUUACAUUAAUAUCUUACAGUGAAAAGAGUGCUGAAACUCUUCCUACUCCCCGAUCUGAAGGGGAAAUAUUGUCUUCUUCUAAUGCGAAACCCUUCUCCUUUAAUGAGUUAAGGAAUGCCACCAGAAACUUCCGUCCCGACAGUCUUCUUGGUGAAGGAGGCUUUGGAUAUGUUUUCAAAGGAUGGAUCGAUGAACACACUACUGCCGCUGCUAAACCUGGAUCUGGUAUUGUCGUUGCAGUAAAGAAGCUUAAACCUGAGGGUUUUCAGGGCCAUAAGGAGUGGCUGACAGAAGUUAACUAUCUUGGCCAACUUCAUCACCCAAAUCUGGUUAAACUUAUUGGCUACUGCUCAGAGGGUGACAACCGGCUAUUGGUUUAUGAGUUUAUGCCAAAAGGGAGCUUGGAAAAUCAUCUGUUUCGAAGAGGACCUCAGCCACUUCCCUGGGCAACAAGGAUGAAAGUGGCAAUAGGUGCAGCUAAAGGCCUCUGCUUUCUGCAUGAUGCCGAAGAGCAAGUCAUUUAUCGUGAUUUUAAGGCUUCGAACAUCCUUCUAGAUGCGGACUUCAACGCGAAACUGUCCGACUUUGGCUUGGCUAAGGCUGGACCAACCGGUGAUAGGACACACGUUUCGACUCAAGUAAUGGGCACUCAUGGCUAUGCCGCACCCGAGUAUGUUGCUACAGGUCGGCUGACGGCAAAGAGCGACGUAUACAGCUUCGGGGUUGUGUUGCUGGAACUACUGUCCGGGCGCCGGGCUGUUGACAAAUCAAAAUCCGGUGUGGAACAGAAUCUAGUGGGAUGGGCAAAGCCAUACUUGGACGAUAAACGAAAACUGUUCAGGAUCAUGGACACAAAGUUGGGGGGUCAGUACCCCCAAAAAGGGGCUCAUGGCGCGGCCACCCUUGCCUUGCAGUGCCUGUGCACCGAGGCCAAACUCCGGCCACGUAUGUCAGAGGUAUUGGCAAGACUAGAACAGCUCCAGGCGCCCAAAAAUGCAGGCAAGUACGAGCAGCCGGCUCUUUCUCAUCCCAUCCCUAGAUCAGCCAUGAGACGCCCCCGUUCGCCGAUGAAUCUGACGCCGUCCGCCUCCCCGUUGCGGUUGUCCCACCGGCAGUCGCCCCGCGUAAGAUGAACCCAGCCGCCCGGUGGCCAGCAUUCCGGUGUGUAAAUUUUUUCUUCCAUGUAUUGGUAUUGGGAAUGAAUUUUGCUAUCAGUGUAUCAUUCUUCUAGAGACUUGGCAUUGGCAAUGGCAAUGGCAAUGGCAAUGGCGGUAUUGAGACUCAUAAUUACAAAAGUAUUGCUGUCACCUCAUGCCACGUCAGUAAUGUUAAUGUUGGUGACAUAUUUGUUCCCACUAUAAUUGUUUAGUGAAAUACAUAUUUUAAUUUUUAUA